UAAACACACGUGAGGACUGCUCCAGCACAGUGUCCCAGUCAGCAGGAGCAGGAGCUGUGCAGCAUCUCUCUGAGGGGCGCGGCCUCCUCUGUGGCUCCUGCUGCUGCUGCUGGAUCUGCAGCUGUCUCACUGUAACGCACCGGGAGGACGCAGCCACAGCGGCCGAGAUGGGGGACCCCGCAGCGGAGACCACCAUCAAGGUGGUGUGCCGGUUCAGGCCGCUCAACAGCUCGGAGGUGGCCCGUGGGGACCAGUACAUCCCCAAGUUUCAGGGGGAGGACUGCGUGCAGAUCGCGGGCAAACCUUACUACUUUGACCGUGUGUUCCGGUCUGAUACAACGCAGGUGCAGUUCUACAAUGCCGUGGCUCAGAAGAUUGUCAGAGAUGUGCUGGAGGGCUACAAUGGGACAAUAUUUGCCUAUGGGCAGACAUCCUCGGGUAAAACACACACAAUGGAGGGGAAACUCCAUGACCCAGACAUGAUGGGAAUCAUCCCCAGAAUCGUCCAAGACAUCUUUAACUACAUUUAUUCCAUGGAUGAGAACCUGGAGUUUCACAUCAAAGUUUCAUAUUUUGAAAUCUACCUGGACAAAAUCAAGGACUUGUUGGAUGUGUCAAAGGUCAACCUUUCUGUCCAUGAAGAUAAAAACAGAGUGCCGUACGUCAAGGGGUGUACAGAGCGUUUUGUGAGCAGUCCCGACGAGGUCAUGGACGCCAUAGAUGAAGGCAAAAACAACAGACAUGUGGCUGUCACAAACAUGAACGAGCACAGUUCCAGGAGUCACAGCAUCUUCCUCAUCAACAUCAAGCAGGAAAACUCUCAGACUGGACAGAAACUCACCGGCAAGCUGUACCUGGUCGAUCUGGCCGGGAGUGAGAAAGUGGGUAAAACGGGAGCAGAGGGCACAGUGCUGGAUGAAGCCAAGAUGAUCAACAAGUCCCUGUCUUCGCUGGGAAAUGUCAUUUCAGCUCUGGCAGAGGGCUCGAGCUACGUGCCGUACAGAGACAGUAAGAUGACCAGGAUCCUGCAGGACUCCCUGGGAGGGAACUGUCGCACCACCAUGGUCAUCUGCUGCUCACCCUCUGCUUUCAAUGACGCUGAGACCAGGUCCACACUGCUGUUUGGACAGAGGGCAAAGACCAUCAAGAACCAAGUGUCCCUGAACGUGGAGCUGACAGCAGAGCAGUGGAAGAAGAAGUGGGAGAAAGAGAAGGAGAAGAACAAGACGCUGAGAAGCACCGUCACCUGGCUGGAGGCCGAGCUCAACCGCUGGAGGAGCGGAGAGACUGUGCCAGUGGAGGAUCAGUUUGAUAAAGAAAAGGCCACAGCAGAGGUCCUGGUUCUGGACAGCACGCUCAACAGUGAUAAGACAGCGCCCACACCGACCCUCAGCGCCCUCCCCGGGGUCCAACUCACUGAGGCAGAGAAAGAGAAGUACGGAGCAGAAAUGGCCAAACUUUACAAAGAGAUGGAUGACAAGGACGAUGAGAUCAACCAGCUGUCUCAGUCUAUAGAGGAGCUCAAGCAACAGAUGUUGGACCAGGAGGAGCUCCUAGCCUCCUCCAGCCGCGAUCAUGACACCCUGCAGACAGAACUGAACCGGCUGCUGGCGGAGAACGAAGCCUCCAAGGAGGAGGUGAAGGAGGUGCUGCAGGCUCUGGAGGAACUGGCUGUCAACUACGACCAGAAGAGUCAGGAAGUUGAAGACAAAGCGCUAGAGUUUGAAGCGCUCAGUGAAGAGCUGGAAGAGAAAUCGAGCUCCUUGGCCUCCAUCGACUCUGAACUCCAGAAGCUGAAGGAGAUGACCAACCACCAGAAGAAGAGGGUCACUGAGAUGAUGUCAUCAUUACUCAAAGACCUGGCUGAGAUAGGCAUCGCCGUGGGAAGCAACGACAUUAAGCAACAAGAGAGCAGUGGUCUCAUCGAUGAAGAAUUUACUGUGGCCCGUCUCUACAUCAGUAAGAUGAAGUCAGAGGUGAAGACGAUGGUGAAGCGCAGCAAACAGCUGGAGAGCUCCCAGGCCGAGAGCACCCAGAAGAUGGAGCAGACAGAGAUUGAGCUGGUUGCCUGCCAACUCCGCGUCUCCCAGCAUGAAGCUAAAAUCAAGUCCCUGACAGAAAGCCUUCAGAAUGUGGAGCACAAGAAGAGACAGCUGGAGGAAACGGUUGACUCUCUCAAUGAGGAGAUCGUCAGGAUCAAAGCCCAAGUUUUUCUCCACCCAGAAAAAGUCAACACCAUGGAGAAGGACAGUGAGAUCCAGUCUGCCAAUGAAGUCAAGGAAGCUGUGGAGAAGCAGAUCCAGUUUCACAGAGAGACCCAUCAGAAACAGAUCAGCAGCCUGAGAGACGAGCUGGACCAGAAGGAGAAACUCAUGACAGAGCUGCAGGAUCUGAACCAGAAGAUCAUGCUGGAGCAGGAGAGGCUGAGGGUGGAGCAUGAGAAGCUCAAGGCUGCCGACCAGGAGAAGAGCCGCCAGCUGCAGGAGCUCACGGUGAUGCAGGACAGACGGGAGCAGGCCAAACAGGAUCUGAAGGGACUGGAGGAGACUGUGGCCCGAGAGCUGCAGACACUCCACAACCUCAGGAGGCUUUUUGUCCAAGACUUGGCCACACGAGUCAAAAAGAACGGUCAGAUGGAUGACGCAGAAAACAGCGCUGCCCAGAAACAGAAGAUCUCCUUCCUGGAGAACAACCUCGAGCAGCUCACCAAAGUUCACAAGCAGCUGCUGCGGGACAACGCCGACCUCCGCAGUGAGCUGCCUAAAAUGGAGAAGCGCCUGCGGGCCACCGCUGAGCGGAUCAAGGCCCUGGAGACUGCACUAAAGGAGGCCCAGGAGAACGCAGCCCGCGAGCGAAAGCGCCACCAGGAGGAGAUGGAGCGCAUUAAGGACACUGUCAAGCCCAAAAACAUGGGCAGGAGAGCCUCGAUAGCCAAGCCCAUCAGACCAGGCCAGCUGCAAGGCCUUAUUAGCCUUAGCGUCAACAGGUCCAACCUCAUGAACAACAGCAAGCCUGACAGCAUCGACGAAGGAGGUGACAGCAGCUGUUGAGGAUGGAGCACAGUCACCCACACAACAAGCCAAAGCCCCAGAGAAGUCUUCAGCCCCAAAUAUUGAACUUUUACCAAAAACCACCGCACCAUUCACCCAACGUCAAAGUGUGUAUAUACUGUAUAUAACGAUGGCCGUACUGUGCAGCACUUCGCGCCUCUGGCUCUACAAGAAACCACAUUAGUGCCUUAUGAAAACAACACAUAAUGCCACGAGUUGCUCCGUUGACAGCAUCUUAACAGGUAUUAGUCUUAGAUCUCGGUGGACCCCCGAACAUAAGAAGACACUAGAGGGCACUGGCUUUAUUUCUCAAUGCUUUGCUUUGAACAUUUCUCAGGGGAUUCCUCUUUUCUGCCUAUUUGUCAUUGUUAUGUGCCAAUGAACGUCUUCAAGGGACAGUUCACCGCAGAAUCAAAAAUACAUAUUUGUACUCUUACCUGUAUUGCUAUUUAUCAAUCUAGAUAGUUUCAGUGUGAGUUCCAGUCACCUUGAGGCGUCCUGUUCUACAUAUCUACCAAGUUUAGUAAAAAUCCAUAUGGCGGUUAGGCCUAGAUAAGAAAUGAGCUCUCUAGCGCCCCCAUUUUGUUUGAUGGGGUCAAUAAUGGAGGGGUCCCCUCAGAUUAUGUGUGGUCAUAUGCCUACAAAGUUGCGUGGUGAUGGGUGAAACCCUUGAGAUGUUAUACACCUUUAUGUGAUGAGCCACGCCCUCCGCAAUAUUCAUUGCCUUAUAGAAGCUCAGUUUUAGUAAGUUUUCCAACUUUUGCCAAGAGGGAACUUUAGAUAUUGGUCCCUAGAUUAUGUUCACCCAGUUUCAUGCAGAUCGCUCAAACUUCCGAGGAAGAGAUCCAUUUGAAGUGUUUUUCAAAAAAUUCAAAAUGGCGGAAAAUCCAUAUAAGUGGAAGUUAUGGGUUCUUGAGGCAAAUGUGUUCCUCAUGAGGAGAGGCAUCUCUGUGCAAAGUUUCAUGUCUCUACGACAUACGGGGCAUGAGAUAUGCCCAUUCAAAGUUUGCAAUUUCAAUAUAUAUAGCGCCCCCCUUUGGUCAAUUGAUGUAAUAUUGCUUCAUUGGCAUCCUCCCAUGACCCUCUACCACUGUGCCAAAUUUCACAUGGAUUGACCAAGUCAGUGAGGAGAAAAACGUGGAACAGACAGAGUUUUCAGCAUUAUAUAGUAAGAUAGAGUUUGAAUCUGAUAUGUUUGACAAACACCAGGCAAGUGCGGCAAAAAAACCCAUCUAAUUAUGUGUGCUUGAAAAGUCAGGGAAAAGUUUGGAAAUUUUGUCCAUGAAAAAUGUGUAAAACCUGUUGAUGGCGUCCUCCUCGGCUGAGCUGUAACUUAAGCUAGCUCAGUGUUGCUAGGUGAGCUUUCAGUAGAUGCACCUUUCCUUCUGCACAGUGAUACUGUUGGCAGGUGUGGUUCAGCAGAAAGAAAAUAGUUCCUACAUGAAACUGCCCACAACAAGGUCUGUGGAGUAUCUUGAGUAACCAGGUCAUGAUUUCCGGAAGAGACGUUUCUUUUUGGUGCUUUGAGUACCACAAACCGAGUGCCAUCAAGUUCUGUUAUGUUUGAGAGAAGGCAGACUUCUCUACAGCUGAUAUCUCCAACACUUGGCAGCUCACACCAAAAUAAUCUAGACUGAUAAAUAGCACCCCAGGUAGGAGGAAAAAUAUGUAUUUUUGAUUCUGGGGUGAACUGUCCCUUUAACCAUCCAUUUGUGUAUUUAAACACAAAUUGGUAGACAGAUGGUGGACAGUGUUUCAGUUGAACACACCUGUACAGCAAGUGGAUGCAUGCACAAGCUUAUUCUUUGACAAAAUGUCUCUCCACCAUCAUUCCCAUUAGUGUCUACAGCAGUGUUGCCUUUUGGGUCAGGUGCAGGAAGGGCACUUGGAGUGGGUGGAUACGAAUGUAAUUUAUGCCUGAUAGCUGCAGGCAAGAGUUAAGCCAAGAGUUAUGUUUGUUUGGUAAAACCUUUAAUUAUGUUUUGUUUUAAUGUUGCUGAUGUGUCCGGACUGAGCUAGAAACGCUUGAAUUUACAGUAGGAAAAUGGAUGACUGAUACUUACACUGUAACACUCUGUCAGCUCUGUAGCCUUGUUAGCACUCCUGACGAAACAAAUGCACUGAUACUGUGUUACUGAACAGACUCUAAAUUUGAAAAUUCCAAAGAAAAAUUGUCGUUAACACACACUAAAUGUUUUCACAGCAUUUUUAAAUGCUUAUUAUGCUGUUCAUUUACAAAACACCAUACUGUUAGUCAUCGUUAAUUGAAUUUUGACAAGUCAUUGAAAUGAUUGUGUACGUGCCUGUGCAGUGUGUCCAGAUUAAGUGCCUUACAAACACUGUACGACCUUUUUCACAAGUUUUCUGUUGACCCUGACCAUCACGUCAUGUUUCCCCCCUAGAAAUAAUAAAUUUAAAUUGGAAACCUCAA